AUGGCACCUCUCGGCUUUGUUGGCGCACCAGCCUCUUCCUUUCUCGGCCGCGAGCUCUCAACGAGAGCGAAAUGCUCAUCUAGACCUGCACAUGCGAGGCGUCUGCGAAUGGGUCUCCAGGUAAAGACGGCACCUCUUCCCAACAGCCAGGUUAGCAUUGAGAUUUCCGUCGGCAAAGAGGAAUGCUCUGCCGCUUGGGACUCUGUUGUCCGUGACGUCACGAAGAAGGCGACAAUCGAUGGAUUCCGCAAGGGGACCGCCCCGAAACAAAUCGUUAUUAACCAAGUUGGAAAGGAAAGAAUCAAGGCCGGCGCCUGCGAGGCAGUGAUUGAGAAGUCCAUUCAGAAGGCGCUUAAGGAUUCUGGCCUUCAAGCAAUCGGGCAGGCCGAGGUCGAUGGCGGUGUCGAAACCGUUAUUUCUAAUUAUGACCCGAAGAGCCCACUCAACUUCAAGAUCAAGAUUGAUGUGUGGCCGGAAGCGAAGUUCACGGAGUCCUAUGACAAUAUGGCGGUCGAGGCAGAGGAAGCUCCAUUUGAAGAGGCCCUCAUCGACAAGGCGCUGGAGGACAUGAGGAAGAAGCAAGCCUUUUCCGUGCUUGCCCCAGAAGGGACUACUGCGAGUCUAGGCCAAAUUCUGGCAGCGGAUAUGGUAGGAUACUACAAAAAAGAUGAUGGCACGAGAGGGGAUAAGCUACCGGAAAUUGCCGACGGCAAGUCUAUUGAGAUCAAUAUGACUGAAGGACAGUACAUGGCGGGCUUUGUGGAAGGCCUCAUUGGUAUUGCUGUCGGAGAAACGAGAGACGUGAAUGUUGCAUUCCCCGAAAACAAUCCUAGGCCAGAACUGGCUGGCCUCAAGGCUAUUUUUGAAGUGACUUGUCAUGCUGUCAAGGACAAUGUUCUUCCCGAAUUGAAUGAUGACUUUGCGCAACAAGUUAGUGAGGAGAAGACGCUUGAGGAAUUCAGGGACACAAUUCGCGCACGUCUUGGAGUCGAGACUGAAGCAGCGCAAGAAAAGAACAUCAAUGCUGGCAUCGAUAACAAGCUUGCAUCCAUUGUUGAAGUCGAUCUUCCUGAAUCUUUGGUCGAGAAUCAAGUCAAAAAUAAGUUUGCGAAUAUGCUUUCUUCAUUCAAAGACAACGGGAUGUCUGAUGACCAAGUCAAGGCAAUGGUUACAAAGGAAAAUUUCGAGUUGUACAAAAAGCGGGCAAAAGGAAAUGUCGAGAAAAAUCUGAAAGUUAACUUUGCUGUGAGCAAGAUUGCCAAGGAAAAGGACAUAAAGAUUGACGCAGAAGAAGUAGAAAACCAGAUUGCUCUGGUUCGUGCGGAAUUGAAGGGUCAAGAGAUGGAGGAGGAGAAGAUUCGCGAUCAAGUUGAGGCGCAAUUAGAACGGGACCUCGUGCUGAAGUACAUCAAGGAGACGGCCACAGUGACCCUGGUGAAAAAGGAAGAAGGGAAAAGUGAAUAA